AUGGCGAAUGAGUUCCCGGAUGCGACGGUAACAGGCAUCGAUAUGUCGCCCGUCUUCCCAACAACCAUUAUCCCCGCCAACUGUCGCUUCCUCCAACACAACAUCCUUGAACCGCUCCCGUUCCCUGAUAACUCUUUCGAUUAUGUCCACCAACGCCUUCUGGUAGCUGGAUUGAAACCUCGGGACUGGGUAUGUGUCGUCCAGGAACUGGAACGGGUCCUCAAGCCCGGUGGGUGGGUCGAGUUGGUCGAGGUGGAUGGACAUGGUGGGAAUAACGGACCCAUGACACAACAGCUCUGGGAUUGGAUUGAGUUGACCUUGAAGGGGCGUGGGAUCAAUGUCAAUAUUGGGACACAACCGGGGUUGGCCAACCUCAUGGAGCAGGCGGGGUUGGUCAACAUCAAGCAAGAAGUUUUCAACCUCCCUACGGGAUUGUACGGCGGCAAGAUCGGGACGUUACUCAAGGAGAACGAACAGGCCUUCUGGAUCGCUAUGACCCCGACAGUCAUCCAUGGGACCGGAAUCGAUGUUCAAGAAUAUGAGAAUGCAAUCAUUACCAGUGCGGCCGAAGUCGAGAUCCACAAGAGCUAUCAUACCUUUUACUCUGCCUGUGGUCAGAAACGGACAUGUCCGUCACCGCUGAUGCCAGAGCCGGAGCCUGACUUCGGAGAGAAAUCGCCCGUUUCGCCAAUACCUGCUCCCUUGUCACCGCGGCCUACUUUUGUCAGGUCCAAUAUCAAAUAG